AUGCCGCAGAGCUCCCCCAGCGCCGCCGCCACCGCCUCCGACAUGGACAAGAACAGCGGCUCCAACAGCUCCUCCGCCUCUUCGGGCAGCAGCAAAGGGCAACAGCCGCCCCGCUCCGCCUCGGCGGGGCCCGCCGGCGAGUCUAAACCCAAGAGCGAUGGAAAGAACUCGAGUGGAUCCAAGCGUUAUAAUCGCAAACGUGAACCUUCCUACCCCAAAAAUGAAAAUUUUAGCAACCAGCCCCGUCGCCCCAGUUCACAGAAAAGCAAAACUUUUAACAAGAUGCCUCCUGAAAGGGGUGGCGGCAGCAGCAAACUCUUUAGCUCUUCUUUUAAUGGUGGAAGACGAGAUGAGGUAGCAGAGGCUCAACGGGCAGAGUUUAGCCCUGCCCAAUUCUCUGGUCCUAAGAAGAUCAACCUGAACCACUUGUUGAAUUUCACUUUUGAGCCCCGUGGCCAAGCGGGUCACUUUGAAGGCAGUGGUCAUGGCAGCUGGGGUAAAAGGAACAAGUGGGGACAUAAGCCUUUCAACAAGGAACUCUUUUUACAGGCCAACUGCCAAUUUGUGGUGUCUGAAGACCAAGACUACACAGCUCAUUUUGCUGAUCCUGAUACCUUAGUCAACUGGGACUUUGUGGAACAAGUGCGCAUCUGUAGCCAUGAAGUGCCAUCUUGCCCAAUAUGCCUCUACCCACCUACUGCAGCCAAGAUAACCCGUUGUGGGCACAUCUUCUGCUGGGCAUGCAUCCUGCACUAUCUUUCACUGAGUGAGAAGACAUGGAGUAAAUGUCCCAUCUGUUACAGUUCUGUGCAUAAGAAAGAUCUUAAGAGUGUUGUUGCCACAGAAUCUCGCCAGUAUGUUGUUGGUGACACCAUUACAAUGCAGCUAAUGAAGAGGGAGAAAGGGGUUUUGGUGGCCUUGCCCAAAUCCAAAUGGAUGAAUGUAGACCAUCCCAUUCAUCUAGGAGAUGAACAGCACAGCCAGUACUCCAAGUUGCUGCUUGCCUCCAAGGAGCAGGUGCUGCAGCGGGUAGUUCUAGAAGAGAAAGUAGCACUGGAGCAGCAGCUGGCAGAAGAGAAGCACACUCCCGAGUCCUGCUUCAUCGAGGCAGCUAUCCAGGAGCUCAAGACUCGGGAAGAGGCUCUGUCAGGAUUGGCUGAAGGCAGAGAGGAGGUCACUGGUGUCGUGGCUGCUCUGGAACAACUGGUGCUGAUGGCUCCCUUGGCGAAGGAGUCUGUUUAUCAACCUAGGAAGGGUGUGCUAGAGUAUCUGUCUGCCUUUGAUGAAGAAACCACUGAAGUGUGUUCGCUGGACUGUCCGUCCCGUCUUGCUCUCCCUGUGGUAGAGGAAGAGGAAACAGUGUCUGAACCAGAGCCUGAAGGAUUGUCAGGGGCCUGUGAUCACUCGGAAUUAGCAGAUGACAAUCUUGGGGAGGGGACCAUUUGCAUUGAGUCCAGCCAGCAGGAACCCAUCAUCAAGCCAGGCAUCACACACCUCAGCAGCUCUCCUUGUUACUACUUUUACCAAGCGGAAGAUGGACAGCAUAUGUUCCUGCACCCUGUGAAUGUGCGCUGCCUCGUGCGGGAGUACGGCAGCCUGGAGCAGAGCCCAGAGAAGAUCUCAGCAACUGUGGUGGAGAUCGCUGGGUACUCCAUGUCUGAGGAUGUUCGACAGCGUCACAGAUAUCUCUCUCAUUUGCCACUCACCUGUGAGUUCAGCAUCUGUGAACUGGCUCUGCAGCCUCCUGUGGUCUCAAAGGAAACGCUAGAGAUAUUCUCAGAUGACAUCGAGAAGAGGAAGCGGCAGCGCCAGAAGAAAGCUCGUGAGGAACGGCGCCGCGAACGCAGAAUUGAAAUGGAGGAGAACAAGAAACAGGGCAAGUACCCAGAAGUCUACAUUCCCCUAGAGAAUCUACAGCAGUUUCCUGCCUUCAAUUCCUAUGCCUGUUCCUCCGAUUCUGCUUCGGGUCCCACCAGCACAGAGGGCCAGGAGGCCCUCUCCCUUUCUCCUCUUAGCAGAAGUCCAGGUUCCCAUGCAGAUACUAGGUCUUUGGAACUUGACUUAUGCAAUCGGAUCUCUGGUUCCAUUUCAGACUUUCUGCUGACCCCUCUGUCACCCACUGCCAGUCAGGGCAGUCCCUCAUUCUGCGAUGAGAACACCUUAGUUCCUCCUGCCCCUAUGGACAGCGAUGGGGAGAGUGAUAAUUCAGACCGUGUCCCUGUGCCGAGUUUCCAAAAUUCCUUCAGCCAAGCAAUUGAAGCAGCCUUCAUGAAACUGGACACACCGGCUACUUCAGAUCCGCUCUCUGAAGAGAAAGGAGGAAAGAAAAGAAAAAAGCAGAAACAGAAGCUCCUGUUCAGCACCUCAGUUGUCCACACCAAGUGACACUACUGGCCCUGGCUACCUUCUCCAUCUUUUUUUUUCCAUGCUUUUGAUUUGCUGCUGUAAUUUUAAGUGUUUGAGUUUGAAAAGACUAGCUCGGGGGGAGGGGGAUUCCACAACGCGAGGGGGAACCAAGAAAAAUUUUAAAUACAGUGUAUUUUCCAGCUUCCCGUCUUUACACCAAAAUAAAAGUAUUGACACUCACAAGACAUCUCUUCCUGCCAGAGUUUUUAGUUUGUUGCCAGGUUAGUGUUUUGGCCCAUGUGUAAUUAGUUUUCAGCCCCCCAAAAGUUUGAGUCCUUCAGCAUCCCUUGGAGCAGCUCACAGCAGAGCGGCACGAAGUGUCCUGCUGCGGCACCCCGCGCCGGCGCCUCUGCUUUCAUCACACCUAGCAGUUUGUCAUAAAGAUAGCUGCGUCCUUUCUGCCUGUGCAGUUCUCCUUGUCAUAGAAACAGGGAUGGGAAUAAAAUGGCCUUAGGAUACCCAGCUUAAGCUGCAGUUUGAUUUUCUUCUGCCAGAUGGCCAGGCUGUGGUGCCAGAUGUGGGUUGCCAGCUUGAUGGCCAUUUACAUGGUGAAGGAGGGUUAGGAACGCUGCCAGUCUGUAAGGAAGCUCUGAACCUGCCAUCCCACAGGUCAAGCUUGUCUGAUAGUGGCCUGACUGGUAGGGGCAGGAGUUUGGCUUGGAGAACAGGGCAGGGUGAAGGCAGUAGGUUGUCCACUGUCUUCCUCUUGUCUACAGCAGCUUUCUUAUGCCUUGAUUUGAGCUGAAUUUGAGUGAUGUGAAUUGUUUUCUGCUUAAUAAAAUGAACUCUAGGUGUAAUAGAAUGUGAAGGCAAAUAGUUGUAAUAAAUCACCUGCACAAGCAA